UUAUAUUUGCUAUGUUUACCGGGUACAAGAUAACAUAAAUAUACCUUAUAUUGGAAAAUAUAACGCUGGAGAAAUAUGUGGUACUCCAUUUUAUGUGUAAACUUAUUAUAACAAUUAUAUUUAUAUUGUAUUUAUAUUUAUUAUAUUUAUCGAAUCCCCUUCCGUUUGCUUUUGGCGUUCGCUAUAGCCGAACGUAACGCGUGCGGUGUAACGCGUACCUAUCAAUCUAUAAUAAUGAGUGCUAAACGAAAACUUGUCGUGAAAAAGUGUUGAUCAUUAACCGGGCUGUAGAUCAUGGUGAAAGUGUUCAAAAACUUGCAAAUGAGUUCGGCGUGGGUCAACAGUUCGUGACUUAAUCAAACAAAAUAAUGAAAUGUUCAAGUUCAUAUCUUGUGCAGAAUUAUCAGCUAAGAAGAGAAAAACUAUGAAAAAUUCAUCAUUAUCCGACAUGGAAUCCGCUCUUUUUGAAUGGUUUAAACAGAAGCGUAUUGAAGGCCAAUGGCUUGUAAAAAAGCAAAAUGGUUUCAUGAAAAUUUGAAAAUUGAGCUACCCGACCGCAUAGACCCAUGAAUGACGCUAUCUCCCCCAGUUAACAUACUCCGGACUGACUAUAGUCAGUAAGAAUUGAGCGUACGGUGCAGAUCAUUGCAAUAUCAUCUGUGUCAUUAUUGGCAUCAUUCUUCAUUAGCGUAAGUCCGCCAGCAAGCAUUGUGCGUUGUGUGAGUGUCCGCCCAGGUCGUCCAGAUGCAAUACGCUGAUCGGCCAACCAUAUACCUUCCACCUGGAUGCGUGGAUAUUCUGGAUCGUUCAAUGGAUAUCGUGACAACUGGACAUAGUUCCGUAGCAUAAUAUUUAGAUUUACGAUGGCUUCCAGUGACAGUGACGAGGAUCGUAGAGAACGUGAUAAAUUUGCCGAAAGGCUCAAAAGAAAAGACAAAGACAGAACUCGUAAUAUUGCUAUUCCUCGAUCUGAUAAGAAAGCUUACGAAGAAGCAGCAAAACGAUUAAAAUUAGAAAAUGAACGUGAGAAAGAAAUGGUCAUUCCUCGACUGCGUAUUGAGUCUCGUCGUAAAUAUCUCGAAAAAAGAAAAGACGACAAGGUUACUGAACUUGAAGCCGAUAUCAUAGACGAUGAAUAUUUAUUUGAUGCUGAAGAUUUAUCGCAACGUGAAAUUUUUGAUCGUGAACACAAAAAGAAGUUAUUGAGUCUCGCUAAAGAACAUGAAAAAGCUAGAGAACUUGAAAAUGUUCAACGGUAUCGAAUGCCUCAAGAUAUCAAAGAUGACCAGAUGGAAUAUGAGAUGGAGGUGGAUAAGGCACCAAUUACUGAACAACAAAAAUGGGAAGAAGAACAAAUGUCUUCUGCUGUUUAUAAGUUUGGUGCUAAAAGACAAGAAAAAGAACAAUAUGAAUUAUUGAUUGAUAAUCAAAUAGAUUUUAUUCAAACUGCAAAUUUACCUGGCACUCAUGAAGAUGAAAAACCGGAAAUUACUGAAAAACAAAAGAAAAAACUUAACAUAGAAGAGACAAAAAAGAGUUUGCCUAUAUAUAAAUUCAAAAAAGAUCUAAUAAGAGCUAUUAAAGACCAUCAGAUACUUAUCAUAGAAGGUGAAACUGGUUCUGGUAAAACAACACAAAUUCCUCAAUAUUUACACGAAGCUGGUUUCACAGAAAAUAAUAAAAUAAUUGGAUGCACUCAACCUAGAAGAGUUGCUGCUAUGUCAGUUGCAGCUCGUGUAGCCGAAGAAAUGUCUGUUAAACUUGGAAAUGAAGUUGGUUACAGUAUACGUUUUGAAGAUUGCACUUCAGAGCGUACUAUAAUCAAAUACAUGACUGAUGGAACAUUGCAUAGAGAGUUUUUGUCUGAACCAGAUUUACAGUCUUAUAGUGUCAUGAUUGUAGAUGAAGCUCAUGAACGCACCCUUCAUACUGAUAUAUUAUUUGGUUUAGUAAAAGAUGUUAUACGAUUCAGACCAGAUUUGAAAUUAUUAAUAUCAAGUGCCACUUUAGACGCCCAGAAGUUUUCUGAAUUUUUUGAUGAUGCACCUAUAUUUAGAAUACCUGGAAGACGUUUCCCUGUGGAUAUAUACUACACAAAAGCGCCUGAGGCAGAUUAUAUUGAUGCCUGUGUUGUAUCUAUAUUACAGAUACAUGUAACACAGCCCCUCGGAGAUAUACUAGUUUUUUUAACUGGCCAAGAAGAAAUUGAAACUUGUAACGAACUACUGCAGGAGCGUGUUCGUAGACUUGGUUCUCAAAUCAAAGAAUUGAUUUUAUUACCAGUUUAUAGUAAUUUACCUACUGAGAUGCAAGCCAAAAUUUUUGAGCCUACACCUCCCAACGCUAGAAAAGUUGUUUUAGCCACGAAUAUAGCAGAAACUUCUUUAACAAUUGACAAUAUUAUUUAUGUUAUUGACCCAGGUUUUUGUAAACAAAAUAAUUUCAAUUCACGUACUGGCAUGGAAUCUUUAAUAGUUGUACCAAUAUCAAAGGCAAGUGCUAAUCAAAGAGCUGGAAGAGCUGGUCGAGUAGCUGCUGGUAAAUGUUUUCGCUUAUAUACAUCAUGGGCUUAUAAAAGUGAACUUGAAGACAAUACAGUUCCAGAAAUUCAAAGAAUUAAUUUGGGCAAUGCUGUGUUGAUGUUAAAGGCUCUUGGUAUUCACGACUUGAUACAUUUUGAUUUUUUAGAUCCUCCUCCGCACGAAACCUUAGUGCUUGCAUUGGAACAACUUUAUGCAUUGGGAGCAUUGAAUCACAAGGGUGAAUUAACCAAAUUAGGACGUCGUAUGGCUGAAUUCCCAUUGGACCCAAUGAUGGCAAAAAUGCUCUUGGCUUCCGAGAAGUAUAAAUGUUCAGAAGAAAUUGCUUCCAUAGCAGCAAUGUUAAAUGUAAAUAGCGCUAUAUUUUACAGACCCAAAGAUAAAUUAAUUUUAGCUGAUACAGCUCGUAAAAAUUUUUUUUCACAAGGUGGUGAUCAUUUAGCUUUAUUAAACAUUUAUAAUCAAUGGGCCAAUACAGAUUUUAGUACAAAUUGGUGUUAUGAAAAUUAUAUUCAACAUAGAUCAAUGCGCAGAGCUCGUGAUGUCAGAGAUCAGUUAGUUGGUUUAAUGCAACGUGUUGAAAUGGAUAUAGUAUCAAAUCCAUCCGAAACGGUUAAUAUUCGAAAAGCCAUAACUGCUGGUUAUUUUUAUCACAUUGCAAGAUUGUCAAAAGGUCAUUAUCGUACUGUUAAACAUAAUCAAACCGUUAUUAUUCAUCCAAAUAGCAGUUUAUUUGAAGAACUUCCAAGAUGGGUUUUAUACCAUGAGUUGGUAUUAACAACUAAAGAAUAUAUGAGACAAGUCACGGAAAUUGAAAGUAAAUGGCUACGUGAAGUAGCUCCUCAUUACUAUCAAGACAGAGAACUUGAAGACUCUACUAAUAAAAAAUUACCUAAGACAUUAGGAAAAACAAGUUCUGAACUAAAAACGAAUAAUUAAAGUAUAAAUUAAUUAAAUAUUUAAGUAUGUGAUUUGUUAAAUUUUGUUUUAAAAAUAAAUAAAUAAAUAAAAGCUAAUUUUAAACUUAAAAA